AUGGCAGAUGCUCACCAUAAUAAUGUGAUUGCCGACGCGCCACCUAGACCCACUGAUGAACUGACAGCACCGUACACCGCGCCGAGCUUGUCCUGUGACACGCCCACCAUGUCAACCAAUGCGUCGACACCGCUGAACCCGCCGGAAGACACAAGCGAGCAUGUCAAACAGCCAACAAUGACAGCCAGCGCAAUUCCUGGUGCUCUCCCCAUGCGCCGCUCAAAGAUGAGGAAGGAGCGGGAGGCAGUAAAAGGACAAAAGCCGGGGAACCCGGGAAAUUUCGUGACCAAAUACAACCGUAUGGACUGCACAUCAAAGGGCAAGAACAAACGGCUGGGUGACUUCUGGCAAAAGGUCACGGGUGGGAUCUGGGAGCUGCUCUCUGUUGACGACGUGCGUGAGCUGGUUGAUGGAGGCAGGGACAUGGCAGAAAAAGAUAUCAUCAUCGCGAUUAAUGAGGGAAUCAAACACUUCUUCCACUGGAAAUCCAAGACGGCAGGCGACAUAGAAGCAAACCCAUGGACGGCGGUCUUGCGCGAGCUUCAUGUUGCACCUCCUGAGCCUCGCAUGUUGCUGACAUGGCAGUACUACCACACAAAGCACCGCAACUUGGUAAUGAAGGAGUAUGCGCAUUGGGGUGGCGGCAGCCGGGGGAAUGGGAUAAAACUACACAAUGAAAUCGUGCAAGAGCAGUUUAGCGCGCUUUCAGCUAUGGAUCAGUUGACAUUGGAGAAGGAGUGCAAGUUGAAGCAUGAGAAGGCAAAAGAAGCAUGGGAGCAUGGAAAUAUUGAAAAGCAGAGGGACAAAGCAACUCCUGAGAUGGAGGCAGAGGCCAGAAGCUGCUUGUUGCAUGUUGUAACACUCCUGCUCAAGGCGAUCACACACUAUACUGGGCUACCUUGUAUAUCUCUUCUUGCAGGAGGGGCUCCAGAUACCCGCGACAAAGAUUACCACUUUGUUGGCAUACACGUUGGGGAGAGCAUUGGACCUGCAGUGUUGAACUUCUGUCAGUUUGAUCAAGCAGGGUACAUCGAGAAUGUGAUUGAGGUAACAAGGCUAUCAUCUGCAGAGCUGGCUGUGGCCAUUUAUGCUGUUCCAAAAUUCCACGUGGAGCUUGUAGAUUCCUACGAGAGUGAAUGUCAGCAACGCGCACAGGAGAUGGCUACUGCUGAAAACAAGAAGAACAAAACUAAAAGAACCAAGUGUACCCUUGCAACCGGUGAAGAAAUCGCAGAUCCGUCAUCAGCACCUGCGUCGAGGCCCAUCACAGAGCCAGUCGCCAAUGUGAGCCCAACGGAGAGUGGCCCCAGCUUACCUCAAGAGUCACCUGAUGCACCUCUACUUGAAGACAUGAUUGCUGUUCAGAGGACAAGUCACAAGGCAAGGAAGCGUAAGAUGAAGUCUUCGAAGGCAACACCUACCGUGAAUGCUGCAAGCGUAGAUAUCACGUGGGCGGUACUAGUAGAGCGAGAGGGGGGAAUGGCUACAAUGAGCGAGCCGAGCCCUGAGAGCGCAAAGGAUGAUGUGCUUGCUAUGACUGAGACAGUUGACUUCUCAUGUGAUCAUCCCAAGCCAAACCUGGUGCUGGUGUCCGACUCGGAAUUGUUCGUCCCUUCACCUGCAGCGACCGAUUUCUGGCAUCCUGCUACGGCAGAAUCUGCUUCUCAUUGGAAACAUACCUUUUUACUUCGGAUCUCCACACCAUCCCACUUCUUCCUGCCGACCCCGAUGCUCCUAUCGACUGGCCGUUGUUCACCGAACCAUUCCCUGCCGGUGACAAUGAAGAACACUACAGCAUUAAGCUCUGAUGUACUCGCACCUUCCGGAAGUUAUCUUGAGGAUCAGGCUGCCAUACCAGCCUUGAAUGAUGCUUGUGAAGCUCGCAGCGUGUCACCAGCAACUUCUGAGUCCAGAUCUGAAGGCAAGUUGUCAGUUGCUGACCUGGCAGAUAUACCCGGAUGGUUGGCUGACCACUGGGGGCGUUUGUCCUGGGAGCCUGUGCCCAAGGACAUCGAGGCUGACUGGUCAGCUCUACUGUGCAAUUGGGUCGCGUUUGAGCAUGAGAUGGGUUUCGUAAACCUGUGGAUUGGAUUUUCCUCAGAUGACCGCCCUUCCAACAUCUCCCUCUGGGUCAAGAAUGCACACCAAGGGCGCAUCGUUCUCAAGAAAUCCUCGACGUUCGCCACUCAGUGGUACAUUUGGUGGAAGUGCAUUAACCCCAGCUGGCGUGCUGAUGCAGGCGAGCUCCUGGCUAUCAGUGGCCACAGUGAUUGGAGUGAGAUGUUUGUUUCCAGUACAAACAGCUUUCUUAACGUUCUUAGAAGCCUUCUGGGCCUACACAAUGUAAAAACAAUGAUGAGAAGUGGUGUGCGGCCGUGCAUAAUGUACAAUGGGUGA